AUGACGGCAAAGUCGGCCAGGGAUGACCAGAAGCAAUAUUGGGCUGAAAUAGCGCCCUCCAUGGAACAGGCCUCGGAUGUUGGUGACACUCGGAAACUCUACCAACUUAUCCGCCAAGUUAGCGGUAAGCCCUAUACACUGAGUGACUUUCUUCACAAUGGGAAUGGCGGUUUCAUUGCUGACAACUCUGCCAAAGUCGAGCGUUGGCACGAGCACCAUCUCAACUUCGAUACCCAACCUACCUCGCCCUUGCUCUUCUCUGCAACGGAGUUUCUUCCCGCUCCAACCAAUGCAGUGACAUGUGGCCACCUUCAGAAGAAGUCGCAGAUGCCAUACGAAAGCUGCGCAUUAACAAGGCACCCGGAGAAGUCUACAAUUCUUGUGUCGACAAUCAGGCUCCCUGGCUCCAUGAGGUGAUUGAACAAGCGUGAAGAAACGAGGCUGCUCCUGAUGACUGGUACUUGGGCAUCCUUGUACUUAUCCUCAAGAAGGGAGAUAAGAAGAGAUGCGAGAACUACUGCGUCAUAAGCCUCAUCGACGUUGCUGCGACGAUCUUCGCAAUCGUCCUUCUCAGACGAUUCUAGGCUGUGCAGCUGCGGGAUGCGGGAAAGGCGAAUGCAUGGGCACAACCGUCCGAAGGUUGAACCCAAAGUCGGAGGCAGGUGCAAGACGCCUGGAUGUCCACCGACUGCUCUGUCAACCGCCAAAUCGAUUUGCCUCCCCCUAUCCGGCUUUGCGGACCUUCUUGACGGGUGACAGUCACGGCGCGGGACAAUCGGGGCCGUCAGUCAUCGCCACGACCGAGGGGGGCGAUUCAGGUCACGGGGACAUGCGGGUCGGAUGCAGCCAUACAGGCGGCAUUGGCGGACCACGCAACAAACAAACUGCGCCAUAUGAGGCGAGCUGUGCGCAGGACUUUCCAGUCUCUGAAGAUGGGUAGACGAAGCGACUACUCGGAACGUCAGACCUCAAAUAAACCUCGGUGCCGAUAGGGUUAAGAGCCUUCCUGUUGAAUGCCCAAUCAUUCCAUCGUUCGCACCUCGCCGAAUGUGGAAUUUUAGUUUUUUGAUAUUGAUCAUAUGUUUUGAGUCGAUUUGCACCGUCAUGUUUACUAGGUUGCUCAAACUACGUGCCAGGCACUUUAAAUUAUGCAGGGGACCCUUCACAAUCCUACACUGGGUCCCCUGACUUAAACGCUAAAUUUGGCGCAACUGGCCCACCCGGUGAGCAGUACUGCGAAACCAGAGGACGUCACAAAAUCCGCUUAACUGAAAAUAUGCGAAAGAGCCCAAUAAUUUAUUCCUCAUGGCACAUGCUUUGCAGAUGACUGCAUUUUAUUCCUCGUGCAAUGUGCGCAGUUGGCAGGGCAACAGCUCAUAUCAGUAGGGACAAUACCAGAGAGAAUUAAUUUUUCAUGGUUUUGAGAUGUACUGCAUGUGCAUAUCAGAAGAGCAAAGUUCAAAUUGCGCACUGCGCCUGUUAAAAUUGGUUUCAUUUUUAACUGUUAUAAUCACAUUUCUUCGGUAAAUGCUGCUCCACAAAGACGCGGAACACCUUAGAACCGUGCAGACAAGCCGAUGACGGAAAUUGCCAAAAGAUUAAAUGCCAGUGUUCGGAAAGCGAGUGUGUAGGCUUGAGUUAAGGGUUAUUGUCUUUGUCAUAGGCAGUAAUUAAAUAGGUAACUGCCGCCUGACUGCAAGGAACCGCUUGGAUUUGCCCUAAGCACUUUUGUUCAACCAGUUUGAGUUCUUAAAUUCACGUAGACACUAUACGUAGAGCCUUUUAAUAGCGUCAAAUCCAAAGAAUUUACAUCUCUAUGAAGCACUCUCUUUCUCGGCCCUGCAUUUCCGUACAUGUGCUGAGGCCCAGGUUUUGUGUGAUACGCAUACACUGGCUGUUUUGUUACAUCAGUUACUGCUUCUGUUCCCACCCCCCCCCACUCACCAUCAUCUUCGCAUUGGCAGAAUGUUAUUACCGACAAAGACAAGGGAGACUGGAAAUGCCAUUUCUGGCUUAUUAGCCGUCGGAAGCCUCUGUGCGGUUGCUGGUUGGGCUCGCGUGAAAGGCCAGGAGGCACAACGGACGAGUGAGCUCCGUAGAAACGAUCUAUAAGCGCCCUUCUAGCACUAUUAAUUUGUAUUUUGGUGUCGUGCGUGGAAGCUGACUAUGCUAAAAAAUUUCAAUAUGAUGCUUUCAAAAAAUCGCAUUUUUUUUUCUCUCUCUCUCUCUUUCGGUCUUUUCUAUAUGUCCCGAAACAUUGCUCACUUUUGGUAGGUUGGUCAGAUGGGUUGCUUGGGUGUCUGAUCAUUUCUGGUUGAAAUUUUUUCGUUUUAUGAGUCCAGAGAGGUCAGACAGUGGGCGAGUACAGGCAAGGACUUGACAGUCUGUCAAGUCUGUGCCAUCACGAAACACUGUGAUCAAUGAUUUGUAGUCAAAGGUCAGAUCUUCAGAGAUGGCUGUUUUGCUUCUCCUCCAGUUCUUAGAACCCCAACGGCCAGUUUCAGCAUCUAAACCGGGUUUUAUUUUAUCCUUUCCAGAUUGCCAUAGCCACCAGCACCACCAAAGAAGAGUUUCAUGACUUAUUAGCCGUCGCCAGCCAGUCAUACCCAACCCCGAGGUGUGGGGCACCUGGAACUCAAAUUCGCGACCUGUUAGGAUUUCAACGUCUCAAACCACUGAGCUACAGGCCCGUUGUCCUGUCGGCUCCGAUCAGGAAUAUACAAUCAGCAGCCACACAAUGGAGCCUGCUAUCAACAAAAUGUUAUUACUAACAAAAACAAGUGAGACUGGAAUGGCCAUUUCUGAGCGCUCUCUACUAUUUUAUACUCCCGAUCGAAACCGGCAGGUUAACGAGUCUGUGGCUCAGUAAUUUGAGGCUUUGAAAUUCCAACUAACAGGUCGCGAGUUCGAGCCUUGGGUGUCCCACACUGCGGGGUUGGGUAUGACUGACUGACGACGGCUAAUAAGCCAGAAAUGACCAUUCCCGUCUCCCUUGUCUUUGUCGGUAAUAUCAUUCUGCCUAUACCGUGCGCCACCGUAUGGCGCAACGGAACGAGUGAGCUCUGUAAGAAAGAGCACUGAGCGCCCCUCUACCAUCUUGGCAUUGUCUCGCCAGCAGAGCGGUAGUUGCUGCACAAGUCCGUCUCACCCCAAACGAAUUUCCACGCAAGUUACCAGUGUUGCGCGAAGCACAUCAUGGACGUCAUAACACGUAACGGUCGAGCAGUCAGAGCUGAUGAGCUAUAAGGGCUCUGUUAGCUUCAGCUUUGUAAUCUCCUCAGGAAAUUAGUGCUCUAGUUCGGAGAAAGUCAUGCGGAAUGAUUAGUCGGAACGUGGGUGUGAAUAUUUGAGCCGGGAUCCAUCAGCUGCAAUAUAAUACUCACAAACGGUCAACAGUCAGUAGUGUACACAUGUUGCAUUGUUUACUCCGUUGCCAGCCCAGGUUAGGAUAAAAAUGCACUGGUUUUGUUUGUGUGAUCAUCUACGCUAGGUGAGCUAACUCAUGAAAUGUCAGCCGAAAUUCCGAAAUGCGUUUUCGUUUCGAAAAGAUUAAUUACGUAGCGUUGUAAAAUUAGACAACCUACAACAUAUAUAUAUAUAAUAUUUCAGUCAACUCGGGAUGCCGGCUUUUGAAAGAACCUCCUUUCGACUGCAUGCAAAAACAGCACUCUUUAAAAAAUGCCUACGUAAGUAGCAUGACUUUUUUUCCUUGAUUUUCGAUGCCUCUGAAAGUCCAAUUAUAUUUCAUAAAAAACAUGCAUGAAAAUAUUCAUUCUUUUGUUUUUUGGUACAAAAUUACAUCUUCUUCUAAUUUUGUGCUCGAAGGAAGGACAUAAUUCAGUUUUAAAAUGUUUCUAAUUGUGGGACAUUUAAAUACCGUGAAAUGGCCGUUUAUAAAUCGUCAUGUCUCUGCAUUUACCAACGUGGCUUGUAAAGGUAACAAUAUGGAUCAAAUCUAAUGCUACAUUUUAUGAACGUCAUAUGGUCUCCUUACAAUACCGUAGAGAAAUAUGUAGUUUUCCGUACGCGGAGAAUACACGGAUUGUAGUUUAGAAACCCUGAAUCCAAGUGCAUCGGUAAAGCGGGUUCAAAGUUAAUCGGGAAUUUGAAAUUUUUUUGAAAACCAAAUAAUACUCUUCUUUCGAGUAUAAAAUUAGAAAAAGAGGUAAUUAUCUUCCAAAUGUACGAAAGAUUGAAUAUUUUUAUACAUGUUUUCUGUGAAAAAUAAUUGGACAUUUAGGGGCAUCGAAAAUCAAUGAGAAAAACUCAUGCUACUUAAGUAGGCAUUUUUUACAGAAUGUCGUCUUUGCAUGCAGCGGAAGGAAGUUCUUUCAAAAGCCGGCAUCCUGAGGUAAUUGAAAUAUUGUAGAAUUAUGUUGCAGGUUGACUAGUUUUGCAAUCCUACUUACGUAAUCUUUUCGAAACGAAAACGCGUUUCGGAAUUUCGCUGGCAUUUCAUGAGUUAGCCCACUUACUGUAGUAAUAUAAAGGAAAAUGUCUUUCAGGACAACUGGUGAACGGCCAUGCAGCCAAGCCAUUGCUGCCCACAAACUUUCUGCCUUAAAAAAGGGAAAAAAAUCCCACACCGGCAUCUUCCAUAAAAUGGCCAGCUUUAAUCGCUGAGGUUGACACCAGUACAGACUGUUUCCGCACCUCUAGCCGGAAAUCUUUUUCAAUUAAAGGCUAAAUAAAGCACUACAAUCACUAACUACCACCAAUUUAGAACUGCAGUACGGUAGAUACGAUGAUCCAGUUCCCGGUUCGCAGUCUCUAACGCAAACUUCCCCCAUUCAUAUAGACAGUCGACGUAAUAGGGUUCAUUACAAACAUCAAGAUCGCGUAAGCAAACUGAUAUUUUUAGGACUACGUUAAUGGCUGUCAGUACACUGCCAAAAUUAGGUCAUUUCUGCCUUCCCAGUCUUCCUAAGCCUUCUCCUUCCGGUGGUUGGUGAGGGAAUGCGAGGACGCUUGCUACAGCCUGUCCCACUCGCGUUUUUUGUAUGCCCUCGUCUUGAAGGCUGCACACCGGAUACAGCUUGUACUUCAUGACUUAUCUUGAUGUCCAUCAGCUGGAAAAGCAUUGUGUCUGUCACAACACGCGAGACUCUCCUUCUCCUCGUCCCCCCCUCCACCCCAGCCACCACCGUCCCCGCCGCAUUCAAGUAAUUUGCAUACAAUGGUCUAGUACGCAUCUCAAUUAGGGCUGUUCUGAAGAAUCAUGUGAUAUCUAGGCAUUCAGUAUAAAGAGGUGCAUCAUUAUAUUGUGAUACUUACAGACUUUUCGGUCGUAUGCGGAAAUACGGACUCUCCCCUCCUCUCCCCCCCCCUCCAGUACUGCUGGUGACUUCGCUUUAAAUUCCCCCUCGCUCAGGUCCGACCUUGACACUAACCCUCCCAACAGUGGCCUUAACUAUAAUUCCCCGCCCGGUUGAACUUCCGGGUCAGGACACCUACUCUGGGGGAAGGGUAACCAGCGGACCUCCUAGCCAGCCUCAAUCGUUUUGUAGGACGACCAGCUAGAUCGCGGUUGGUAGCCAGGAAUGGGGAAGCGGACAGCCAGGACCGUGUCGUACGGGAAUUGUGGGAAAGGGGGUUAUAUGGGUGAGGUAAAUGGAAGGGCUGGAAAGGGAAUGCUGGAGUUUCUGGAUAAAAGGAAAGCUACGAAGGAAAGUGCUGGGAAGUUUUAAGUAGGUCGAAUAAUGGGAAAAAUUUCAACCCUACGCUAAAACCUUAAAUCCAACUUUGACCGCAACCGUAAAGACUAAACCUAAGCCUCAAAACCGAAACGUAACCACAAUCAUAAAACCCAACGCUAACCCAAAACGUAACCAUAACCCUAACCUUAACUCUCACCCUAAAAUUAAGCCUAACCCUAACAUUAACCUUAACCGUAACCCUAACGGGAACCUAAACCCUAACCCUAACACUGGAACCUGACCCUAAAACGCAAACCCUAAUCCUAAAACUUAACCUACGCCUAAUCCUAAACCUCACUAAACCCAACAGCCUGACCGAAACGGACGACCUGCCUAACUAAGUAGGAGCACACCUACUGAUAAUAAGUUCCGUAGACAAGGCAAGCACACCUACUGGUAACAAGUACUUACGUCGACAGUAUCACCGUAUAAUGUCUGGCUAUCAAGUGCGAUCUUACCGGACGACUUUCAUGCCCUGGCGUUAGCAAAAGAAAGGCAUCAACUAUCUCCCUACACACGUUGGCGAGAAAAGACCUAGAGUUGCUCAUCUGCCGAUGUUUUCUGACAGUCUGCGGCUGGGAGAUGGGAGUAAGAGUGGCCAAAAAGGUCAUCAGAGCACUGAUCUGUAGCCCUGCUCCAACACCAUUUAUUACUCGCAUGGCCUUAAAAAACAGGGGAACAAAAGAGAACGUCUUUGGACAUUUUUUCGUAUUCCAUAGUUUUGACGUCCAACUCCAUCCUUUCAAAACAGCGGAGAACUUGGGGAACCAAUUAUCUCGAAACAUAAGUAUAAUAUAGUCAGAAGAAAAAGAAGAUGAAGAAGAAGAAUAGGAAGAUGAAGAAGAAGAAGAAGAUGCAAUAGCUGAAAUAAAACGUUUACUGGUCUAAAGUAGAACGACUGUAGAAUGACUGGUUAGAUCGCAGUUAGUGGCCAGGAAUGGGGAGGCGCACAGCCAGGUCCCUGUCGUACGGGAACUGUGGGAAAUGGGGUUACAUAGGUAAGGUAAAUGGAAGGGCUGAUAAAGGAAUGCUGGAGUUUCUGGGUAAAAGAAAAUUUGCCAGGGAAGGUGUUGGGAAGGUUUGAGGAGGUGAAUUGAAGGGAGAAAUUUCAACCCUACGCUAUAACCUAAAAUCCAACCCUGACCGCAACCGCAAAGCAUAAAUCUAAGCCUCAAAACCGAAACGCAACCAAAAUCCUAAAAACCAACGCUAACCCACAACGUAGCCAUAACCCUAACUUUAACUCUAACCCUAAUCAUAAGCCUAUCCCUAACCCUAACCUUAAGCCUAACCCUAACAUUAACUUUAAACGUAACCCUAACGGGAACCUAAACCCUAACCCUAACACUGGAACCUGACCCUAAAACACAAACCCUAAUCCUUAAACUUAAACUACGCCUAAUACUUACCCUCACUAAACCCAACAGCCUGACCGAAACGGACGACCUGCCUAACUAAGUAGGAGCACACCUACUGAUAAUAAGUUCCGUAGACAAGGCAAGCACACCUACUGGUAACAAGUACUUACGUCGACAGUAUCACCGUAUAAUGUCUGACUAUCAAGUACGAUCUUACCGGACGACUUUCAUGCCCUGGCGUUAGCAAAAGAAAGGCAUCAACUAUCUCCCUCCACACGUUGGCGAGAAAAGACCUAGAGUUGCUCAUCUGCCGAUGUUUCCUGACAGUCUGUGGCUGGGAGAUGGGGGUAAGAGUGGCCAAAAAGGUCAUCAGAGCACUGAUCUGUAGCCCUGCUCCAACAACAUUUAUUACUCGCAUGGCCUUAAAAAACAGGGGAACAAAAGAAAACGUCUUUAUGCAUUUUUUCGUAUUCCAUAGAAUUAACGUCCGACUCAAUUUUUUCAGAAGAGCGGUGAACAUGGGGGAACUAACUAUAUCGAAAAAUAGGUAUGGUAUGCAGUAUGUGGCCUAACACAUGAAACAUCAACCGAAAAUCCGAAAUGUGUUUUCGCCAAUACAAGCGAAGAGACGAGUCCCAGGAAGUAGUCUAGAAGAGGGAGACACGAUCGCUGGGACAAGAGCUUUAUUAGCCUGACGUUUCGGAUUCCUACUCGAAUCCAUCAUCAGAGACAGAAAGCAGAAACGAGUGGUUGCUGCACAAGGGGCUGCGGUAUUUAUAGGAUGCAGUAGCCAUGCUACCGCAUACCUAUGAACAUUCACGGCUCCCCCCUUCAUCCGGGAUCGUCGCACUUGGUGAUAUCAUGCUUAAUGGCCGACAUUCGAGUCGAUAAUUGCUGCAAUUUCAUCACGUGCGUUGGGUGUUGGUGUGAUGAUUGCUCGACCAUCUGACAUACCGACCACGGUGUUGGGAUAAGUGUUCAUCUCUGCGCUCCCCACAUGGCUUGUUACUCCACCUAGGCGAAAUUUUAGCACGCAGUAUGGAAUGGGAAGAUCGUUGCACUCAAUGAUGGACUGGGGGCCAGUAAACUAUGAUUCCAGUAUCUCCCGGCUCAGGCGGUUGUCACCUCUUGCGAGAAUUUCGGCCUCAUCGAAUUUGAAUGUGUGGCCGGAUCUCGUUGAAUGAUCCACGACUUGAGAGCUGGCGUCAUUUCUGCGCACCGCUGCCGCGUGUUCGGCCAUUCUCGUUCGGAGCUGUCUUCCGGUUUCUCCGACGUUGUUGCUUUGUCCGCAACUGCACCAGGUCCGAUAAACGACUCCAGACGUUUCUAGCCGUGGCAGUGGGUCUUUCGGUUUCAUGAUCAGACGCCUGAUGGUUGCCUCCGGUCUGUGUGCCACUCCAACCCCAAGUGGUGCGAGAAGGCGGCCGACAGCUUCCGAAACGUUCUUGACAUACGGAAGUGCCCGCCAAGACUUGGUGUCCGUGCGGUUAGGCCUUUGGUCCCUUUUGUGUAUGCACCGGUUGACGAAGUUGCGCGGGUAGCCAUUGGCUUUGAAUACCCGUCGGAGGUAUUGUAGUUUGGCAAUUUUGUCUUCUGUCUCACUGCAGUGUGCUUCGACACGCCGAUAGAGCGUCCUUACACAACUGCGUUUGUGGCUGCUUGGGUGGUUACUGUUGAAGUUCAGUACUUGCAUCGUAUUUGUCGCUUUCCUGAACACUUUGGUUUUUAGUUCACCACAAUCUUUGCGGCAUACGAGGACAUCCAGGAAGGCCAACUGAUUGUUCUCUUUCGCCUCCAUUGUAAAUUGAAUGUCCGGGAAGACGGCGUUGAGAUGUUCUUGGAAUGUCAACACCUGAUCCCGGUCGAUAACGACGAAGUUAUCAUCCACAUACCGGGCCCAGAAUUUCGGUCUGUGUUGUUGGAAAACCAGUGACUCAAACGGUUGCAGGACCGCCUCGGCGAUGAACCCCGAAAUCGGCGAACCCAUUGGUAUGCCCUUCACCUGUUCGCAGAUUGUCCCACCGAACGUGAAGUACGUCCUGAGACAGAGCUUCAGGAGCUGAAGGACUUGGGCGUGUUCAUGACGGUACUCCGUUUCAUCCUAUUUGCUUCGUAGUAGCAGCUCAAUUGCCUCGAUCGCCAAGUCCUGGAGAAUAAAAGUAAAAAUGGGUGUAACAUCAAAAUACACCAUGACCUCAUUUGGAUGGAUGCUUACUCCUUUGAGUUUCUCCAGGAAUUGUGCUGAUGAAGAGACCGUGGUGUCUGACUACUUGCGUAGCAUGAAUUGCUCUCAUUAUUUUUCGACGCCUCUUAAUUUCAAUUAUAUUUCUUGAAAAACAUGCAUGAAAAUAUGCCUUCUUUUGCUUUUUAGUACAAAAUUCGUCUUCUUCUACUUUAGUGCUCAAAUGAGGGACAUCAUUCUGUUUUAAAAAGUUUCUAAUCGUGAGACUUUUAAAUACUGUGAAAUGAUCGUUCAUAUAUCGUCAUGUCUCUGCAUUUACCGAUGUAGCUCAUAAUAUUAGCAAUGUGGAUCGAGUCCACUUUAUGAACACCAUAUGGUCCCACUUCAUUACCGUAGGGAAAUCUGUGGUUCUCCGUACGCGCAAAAUAUACGGCUUGUAGUUUGGGAACCCCGAAUCCAAGGGUAGCCGCAGGUCGGGUUCAAAAUUAUUCUGGAAUUGGACAAGUUUUGAAAACCGAAUUAUGUCCCUCCUUCAAGUAUGAGAUUGGAAGAAGAAGAAGAAGAAGAAGAAGAAGAAGAAGAAGAAGAAGAAGUAAUUAUCUACCGAAUGAGCAAAAGAGUAAAGAUCUUCUGCAUAUUUUCCGUGAAAUAUAAUUGGACAUUAAGGGACAUCGAAAAUCAAUAAGAAAAAUUCGUGCUACUUAUGGAGGCAUUUUUGCUGAGUGUAGCUUUAGCAUGCAGCCGGAAGGAAUUUCCUUCAAAAGCCGGCAUCCUGGGGUAACUAAAUUAUUGUAGAAUUAUGUUGCUUGUUGAUUAGUUCUCCAACUUUACAUAAUUAAUCUUUUCAAAACUAAAACCCUUUUCGGAAUUUCGGUUGACAUUUCAUGAGUCAGCUGAUCUACAGAAGUCAGAAGAAGAAGAAAAAGAAGAAGAAGAAAAAGAAGAAGAAGAAGAAGAAGAAGAAGAAGAAGAAGCGACCGCCGGAACAAGAUGUUUGCUGA